AUGGACCCAACGUGGCGAGGCCGCGGGGCCGUGGAGGCAGAUCGUGAGACCGAGAUGAGCGGGUGGAGUGAGGAUGAGAAGCUUCGAUUCAUCUACGAGAUGCUGUCGAUCAUGGGCGAACAGCAACGGCAGGAAGUGGAGGACAUCCAGCAGAUCAGCGCCACAGUGGCCGAGAUUGGUCAUCUCAUUCCCGCCACCAGCGAGAUGAUGAAUCCCUGUGAGCCUCGCCCUCUUGGCGAUUCGAAUGGCACAACAGAGCAAGAAGAAGCGCGAGCGGCGGCAGCGCCUGCGGGCCAACCGCCAGGCCCUGCGCGCCGCGGCCGGCCAAGACGACGACAACAUCAGCAACAAGCCUGCUGA